AAGUGACGUAGCACGUUGACGCAGCAGCGGCGGCGGUGGCGGCGGAGGGGCCGUGCGGUGGGUCUGUACUAUCCUUUCCCAGUCUCGGUUCGACGACUCCAUUUUCCUCGGUGGGGGCUUAGCGCACCGGAGGAGCGGCGGGCCUCAGGCAGGCAGGCUGUGAGAAGCUGCAGCAAUGUCUGAUUUUGUGGAAAGCGAGGCUGAGGAGUCAGAGGAAGAAUACAACGAUGAAGGCGAAGUGGUGUCCCGGGUCACCAAGAAAUUUGUGGAAGAGGAGGAUGACGAUGAGGAGGAGGAAGAGGAGAACCUAGAUGAUCAGGAUGAGCAAGGCAACCUGAAAGGCUUUAUCAAUGAUGAUGACGAUGAAGAUGAAGGGGAGGAGGAUGAGGGUAGUGACUCUGGGGAUUCAGAAGAUGAUGUUGGCCACAAGAAGAGAAAACGCACAUCUUUUGACGACCGCCUGGAGGAUGAUGAUUUUGACCUCAUUGAGGAGAAUUUGGGUGUCAAAGUCAAAAGAGGACAAAAGUACCGACGUGUCAAAAAAAUGUCAGAUGACGAGGAUGACGAUGAGGAGGAAUAUGGCAAGGAGGAACAUGAAAAAGAGGCUAUUGCAGAGGAAAUCUUCCAGGAUGGGGAAGGGGAAGAAGGGCAGGAGGCUGUGGAGGCCCCCAUGGCUCCUCCGGAGGAGGAGGAGGAAGAUGAUGAAGAGUCAGACAUUGACGACUUCAUUGUGGAUGAUGAUGGACAGCCUCUGAAAAAACCUAAGUGGAGGAAAAAGCUUCCCGGAUACACAGAUGCGGCCCUGCAAGAAGCUCAGGAGAUUUUUGGUGUGGACUUUGACUAUGAUGAAUUUGAGAAAUACAAUGAGUACGAUGAAGAACUGGAGGAAGAGUAUGAGUAUGAGGAUGAUGAGGCUGAGGGUGAGAUCCGAGUGCGCCCCAAGAAGACCACCAAGAAACGUGUGAGCCGCAGGAGCAUCUUUGAGAUGUAUGAACCCAGUGAGCUGGAAAGCAGCCACCUCACAGAUCAGGACAAUGAAAUCCGAGCCACUGACCUGCCUGAGAGGUUCCAGCUUCGCUCCAUCCCGGUCAAGGGGGCUGAAGAUGAUGAACUAGAAGAAGAAGCUGACUGGAUCUACAGGAAUGCUUUUGCCACACCAACCAUUUCUCUUCAGGAAAGCUGUGAUUACCUAGACCGAGGGCAGCCAACCAGCACGUUCAGUCGAAAAGGGCCCAGCACAAUUCAGAAGAUUAAAGAGGCCCUGGGCUUCAUGCGAAAUCAGCAUUUUGAGGUGCCUUUUAUUGCCUUCUACCGAAAGGAGUAUGUGGAGCCUGAGUUGCACAUUAAUGACCUGUGGAGGGUGUGGCAGUGGGAUGAAAAGUGGACCCAGCUGAGGAUCCGCAAAGAGAACCUAACACGGCUGUUUGAGAAGAUGCAGGCUUAUCAGUACGAGCAAAUCUCUGCUGACCCUGACAAACCCCUUGCUGAUGGCAUCCGGGCCCUGGACACCACCGACAUGGAAAGGCUCAAGGAUGUGCAGUCAAUGGAUGAGCUGAAAGAUGUCUACAACCAUUUCCUGCUUUAUUAUGGUCGUGACAUCCCCAAGAUGCAGAAUGCUGCCAAGGCCAGCCGCAAGAAGCUGAAGCGUGUAAGAGAAGAGGGAGAUGAGGAAGGUGAAGGUGAGGAAGCAGAAGAUGAGGAACAGAGAGGGCCGGAGCUCAAACAGGCUUCUCGCCGAGACAUGUACACCAUUUGCCAGAGUGCUGGGCUAGAUGGGCUGGCCAAAAAGUUUGGGCUUACUCCUGAGCAGUUUGGGGAGAACCUCCGGGACAGCUAUCAGCGGCAUGAGACAGAGCAGUUUCCUGCGGAGCCCUUGGAGCUGGCCAAGGAUUAUGUUUGCAGUCAGUUCCCUACACCGGAAGCUGUGCUGGAAGGUGCCCGCUACAUGGUAGCCCUGCAGAUUGCUCGAGAGCCCCUUGUCCGGCAGGUGCUGAGGCAGACUUUCCAGGAGAGAGCCAAGCUAAAUAUAACCCCCACCAAGAAAGGUAGAAAGGAUGUGGAUGAGGCCCACUAUGCUUACUCCUUCAAGUACUUAAAGAACAAGCCUGUUAAGGAACUGAGAGAUGACCAGUUCCUCAAGAUAUGCCUAGCUGAAGAUGAAGGGCUGCUCAUCAUUGACAUCAGCAUAGAUAUGAAGGGGGUAGAAGGCUAUGGCAAUGACCAGACAUAUUUCGAAGAGAUCAAGCAGUUUUACUACCGAGAUGAGUUCAGCCACCAGGUGCAGGAGUGGAACCGGCAGCGCACCAUGGCCAUCGAGCGAGCUUUGCAGCAGUUCCUCUACGUGCAGAUGGCCAAAGAGCUCAAGAACAAACUGCUGGCCGAAGCCAAAGAAUAUGUCAUAAAGGCCUGUAGUCGAAAGCUGUACAACUGGUUAAGGGUGGCACCCUACCGGCCAGAUCAGCAGGUGGAGGAAGAUGAUGACUUUAUGGAUGAGAACCAAGGGAAGGGCAUCCGAGUUCUAGGCAUUGCUUUCUCCUCUGCCAGAGAUCACCCUGUGUUCUGCGCCUUGGUCAAUGGUGAGGGAGAAGUGACAGACUUCCUCCGGCUGCCCCAUUUUACCAAACGUCGAACUGCGUGGAGAGAGGAAGAACGAGAAAAGAAGGCUCAAGACAUUGAAACCCUAAAGAAAUUUCUUCUGAAUAAAAAGCCUCACGUGGUGACAGUUGCAGGAGAGAACAGGGACGCGCAGAUGUUGAUUGAGGAUGUGAAGCGCAUUGUGCAUGAGCUGGACCAGGGCCAACAGCUGUCCUCUAUUGGGGUGGAGCUGGUUGACAACGAGUUGGCCAUUCUCUAUAUGAACAGCAAGAAAUCGGAGGCAGAGUUCCGGGAUUACCCCCCAGUGCUGAGACAGGCUGUCUCCCUGGCUCGGCGCAUCCAAGAUCCUCUGAUUGAAUUUGCCCAGGUGUGCAGCUCUGAUGAAGACAUCCUGUGUCUCAAGUUUCACCCCUUGCAGGAGCAUGUGGUGAAAGAGGAGCUGCUCAACGCCUUGUACUGUGAAUUUAUCAACCGAGUUAAUGAGGUUGGGGUCGAUGUCAAUCGUGCCAUUGCCCACCCUUACAGCCAGGCCUUAAUCCAGUAUGUCUGUGGCCUGGGACCUCGGAAAGGGACCCAUCUCCUGAAGAUCCUGAAGCAGAACAACACCAGGCUCGAGAGCCGGACCCAGCUGGUCACCAUGUGCCACAUGGGUCCCAAAGUCUUCAUGAAUUGUGCUGGCUUCCUCAAGAUUGACACAGCCUCCCUGGGGGACAGCACUGAUUCAUAUAUAGAAGUCCUUGACGGUUCCCGAGUCCACCCUGAGACCUAUGAAUGGGCUAGGAAGAUGGCAGUGGAUGCUCUAGAAUAUGAUGAAUCAGCUGAGGAUGCCAACCCUGCAGGAGCCCUUGAAGAAAUCUUGGAAAACCCAGAGCGACUCAAGGACCUGGACCUUGAUGCCUUUGCGGAAGAACUGGAGAGGCAGGGCUAUGGUGACAAACACAUCACCCUCUACGACAUCCGGGCAGAGCUGAGCUGUCGAUAUAAGGAUCUGCGGACAGCCUACCGCUCUCCCAACACAGAGGAAAUCUUCAAUAUGUUAACCAAAGAAACACCAGAAACCUUCUACAUCGGUAACUUCUGGGUCUGUUUUCCAGUCGGAGAAGGAUGUGUAGGGGCGGGGAAUGCAUUUACCAUAUACAUUGAAACCAAGCAGCAAUGCCAACAGAAUGAGGCAGGAAAGCUCAUCAUCUGCAAUGUCACUGGCAUCGCCCACAGGCGUCCACAGGGUGAGAGCUAUGACCAGGCAAUCCGCAAUGAUGAGACAGGGCUAUGGCAGUGCCCCUUCUGUCAGCAGGACAAUUUCCCUGAACUGAGCGAGGUCUGGAACCACUUUGACAGCGGUUCAUGCCCAGGCCAGGCCAUCGGUGUCAAAACACGACUAGACAAUGGUGUCACCGGCUUCAUCCCUACCAAAUUCCUCAGUGACAAAGUGGUAAAGCGGCCAGAGGAACGAGUGAAGGUGGGAAUGACUGUUCACUGCCGCAUAAUGAAGAUUGACAUCGAGAAGUUUAGUGCAGACCUGACCUGCCGUACCUCAGACCUCAUGGACAGGAACAACGAGUGGAAACUGCCCAAGGACACCUACUAUGAUUUUGAUGCUGAGGCAGCAGACCAUAAGCAGGAGGAGGACAUGAAGCGGAAGCAGCAGCGGACCACAUACAUCAAGCGAGUGAUUGCGCACCCAUCCUUCCAUAAUAUAAAUUUCAAGCAAGCAGAAAAGAUGAUGGAGACCAUGGACCAGGGUGAUGUGAUUAUCCGGCCGAGCAGCAAGGGCGAAAAUCACCUGACAGUGACCUGGAAGGUCAGUGACGGCAUCUAUCAGCACGUGGAUGUGCGGGAAGAAGGCAAGGAAAAUGCCUUCAGCCUGGGAGCCACCCUGUGGAUCAACAGUGAGGAGUUUGAAGACUUGGAUGAGAUCGUUGCCCGCUAUGUCCAGCCCAUGGCAUCCUUUGCCCGGGACCUUCUGAACCACAAGUAUUAUCAGGACUGCAGCGGUGGGGACCGGAAGAAAUUAGAGGAGCUGCUCAUCAAAACUAAGAAGGAGAAGCCCACCUUCAUCCCUUAUUUCAUCUGUGCCUGCAAGGAACUGCCCGGCAAGUUCCUACUGGGAUACCAGCCCCGGGGUAAACCCAGGAUAGAAUAUGUAACGGUGACUCCAGAAGGAUUCCGGUACCGAGGCCAAAUCUUUCCAACUGUGAAUGGACUUUUCAGAUGGUUUAAGGAUCAUUACCAAGAUCCUGUACCAGGCAUCACCCCCAGUAGCAGCAGCAGGACCCGGACACCUGCUUCUAUCAAUGCUACGCCAGCCAACAUCAACCUUGCAGAUCUGACACGGGCUGUGAACGCCCUGCCCCAGAACAUGACCUCGCAGAUGUUCAGUGCCAUUGCAGCUGUGACAGGCCAAGGACAGAACCCUAAUGCCACCCCAGCCCAGUGGGCCUCUAGCCAGUAUGGCUAUGGUGGCAGUGGAGGGGGCAGCAGCGCUUAUCACGUGUUCCCAACGCCAGCCCAGCAGCCAGUGGCCACACCACUAAUGACCCCCAGCUACUCUUACACGACCCCAAGCCAGCCCAUCACCACACCACAGUACCACCAGCUACAGGCCAGCACCACCCCGCAGUCUGCCCAGGCCCAGCCCCAGCCCUCCUCCAGCUCGCGGCAACGGCAGCAGCAGCCAAAGUCCAACAGCCACGCAGCCAUCGACUGGGGGAAGAUGGCGGAACAGUGGCUUCAGGAGAAGGAGGCAGAACGGCGGAAACAGAAGCAGCGGCUGACACCUCGGCCCUCCCCCAGCCCCAUGAUCGAAAGCACCCCCAUGUCCAUUGCUGGCGAUGCAACCCCGCUUCUGGACGAGAUGGAUCGGUAGGGGACCUGCUCCUAGGACUCGGGUUACCUCUGAGGCUGGGAGAGGUCUGGCCUCCCACUGCCUCACUCCCUGCUCCUCCUUUUCUGUCCAUAAAGUGACGUGAAUUGACGUUCUCAUUGGUGGUCAGCCUGGAUGGGUGACAGCCUGGAUGCCUUGCGAACUUGAGCUCAAUAUACGCUAGGCGACAAUUCUCCCACUCCAGGCUCUCACCGACCACCUGUCCUGGGACCAGGCUGGGAGGGGAGUGUGGCAGGGAGGAAGAAGAGGAAGAAGAGAAUGAGAGUGGAACAGUUUUGUAUUCUACUCCCUACAAGCCAUUUUGAGCUUCUGCCCUCACCUGACUUUGGGCUGUGACCAGGGCACAAAGCUCAGCACAUGAGACUCCCCCAACUCUUGUGGGGAGAGGGAUGCUAUUUAUUCAGUUUGUGGCAGGAGGGAGAGGAGGGGAAGUAUUUCUGACCCUGAUGCCAACAGCUUGGGUGGCUAUCAGAGCAGGAUUGCAGGGGACAUAGAGGAGCAGUGCUAACCUGCCGAGCCCCCGCCUGGCUGCCCUCACCCACCUGCUGCCGCUGCUUCCUGCCUGUCAUUUGAAUAAACAGUGUUUCUACAGA